AUGCCAGGUCCCAGAAAACGAGGCUUGAAUGUGGUAGACCUCACUGGCGAUGAUUCAGGUCGACAGGCCAAACGUCAAUCGGCUGCUCCCGUAUCCUCUUCCACUGGCGUAGGUGGAACAUUUGUUUACAAUACUUUGUCAAAUGGGGCAGGCCAUUUACCAGGUCCCGGAUCGCAGAAUGGCCGGCCACCUCUUUCUUCCAGUCAGCCUCUUACGACGUCUCAGAUGGCUGAUUACGAGCGUGAGGUUUUGGAUUUGACUCAGGACGACGACGGGCCAGCCAGAGAGCUCUAUGGCACGUUUGAAACGAAAAUUGUCGGCAUUCAGUAUUAUAGAGGACAUGCAUCCACUGGGGAAGCUGUGCUCUGUCGCAGAGAACCUGCAAAUCAGUAUGAUCGCAACGCAAUCCGCAUUGACAAUGUCAUGUACCAACAGAUCGGACAUCUGCCACGCAAAGUUGUGGAAAAAAUCGCCCCGUAUAUUGACUGCGGAGAUAUCCUUCUUGAAGCACAGCUCACGGGACCAAAAGGGCAAUACGACUGCCCGGUAACGCUGUCCUUUUAUGGGCCUAGUAAUCCGUUGGAAAGAACCAGAAUCGAAAAUUCACUGAAAGGUGAUAAACUUGUGAGGGCUACUCAGCUCAACAAGACAAGAAAAGAGUCAGAAGCUCAGAGGACUGUAAUGGGCUUGAAGGCCGGAGGAACUACGCAUGGCAUGGGUUCCGCAAGCCCCAAAGAGCCAGAGAUAUCUCUGGAGGAUAUCUUAAAAAAGAGCCAAUCCCUAGAGUUCCGAGAUGGGAUAGAUGCUCUGAAGACGUUUGCUACAGAUGAAGAGUACUUGCGUAACAUGCCCAGCUGUGAUCAGCCAGCUGCUCUGAAGGCAACUCUAUUGCCCUAUCAACUACAAGGAUUAGCAUGGAUGACUUCAAAGGAGAACCCCGCUUUGCCGACCAAGGAAUUAGGCAACCAAGUUCAAUUAUGGAAACAGAACAUCAGAGGAAAUUACUGGAAUGUCGCCACGGACUUUGUGAGCGCGACAGCUCCCCAGCUCUUUUCGGGGGGGAUUUUGGCCGACGAUAUGGGUCUUGGCAAGACUCUUCAGAUUCUCAGCUUGAUUUUGACAGGAGGUUCCGGUACCACUUUGAUAGUUGCACCUGUUGGUGUCAUGUCUAACUGGCAACAACAGAUCGAUAGGCAUGUCAAGUCGGAGCAUCUACCGAGCGUGCUGGUCUACCAUGGGGACAAAAAAAUGAGGGCGAAGGAGCUCAUGAACUUCGAUGUUGUCAUCACAAGCUAUGGCAAGUUGGCCCGCGAAAAGGAUUCAAAUGUUCCUCAAGUUUUGCUGUCACAAAGCAUACAGUGGAAACGUGUGGUUCUCGAUGAGGGGCACACAAUCCGCAACGCGAGAACAAAGGUCGCGUUGGCCGCGUGUGCCAUCAAUGCCAAAUCUCGAUGGGUACUGACUGGAACCCCGAUCAUCAACUCUGUGAAAGAUUUGCAGUCUCUUAUAAAGUUUCUACAUAUUACCGGCGGCAUCGAGCAUCCAGAAAUUUUCAAUACGAGAAUUACGAGGAGAUUAGUUUCCGGUGAUGCCAGCGCUGAAAUUAUGCUGCAGGCUCUGAUGCAGGAUAUCUGCCUACGGCGCAAGAAGGACAUGAAAUUUGUAGAUCUGAAAAUACCCGAAAAAAAGGAAUACCUUCAUAGGAUCACUUUCCACCCUGAAGAGAAAAGGAAGUAUGAGGCAUUACUUACGGAGGCACGUGGUGCUCUGGCAGACUACCAGGCCAAGGCAGCCGGUCAGAAGGGACAGUUCCAAGGCGUCCUAGAGCGGCUUUUAAGGUUGCGACAAAGUUGCAACCACUGGACCCUAUGCAAGGACCGCAUUAACCAGCUGAUGGAGCUGUUCGAAGGCCAAGAAGCUGUACCAUUCAAUGAGAAGAAUACUGCAUUGCUACAGGAAGCUCUUCGGCUUUACUUGGAGAGUCAGGAAGACUGCUCCAUUUGCUUCGACGUUCCCACUGCUCCAGUCAUAACAAAUUGCGGGCAUGUUUUCUGCCGAGUUUGUAUCACAAAAGCUAUCCAUUUACAACACAAAUGCCCAAUGUGCAGAAACAAACUUUCGGAUGAGUGUCUACUUGAACCAGCAGCAGAGGGUUCCUUUGAUAAGAACUUUGAUAUGGCCACUCAAAGUUCCAAGACAGAGGCAAUGAUGCAGAUUCUCCAGGCAACAUUGAAAAAGGAUGGGUCAAAGGUGGUCAUCUUUUCCCAAUGGACGUCAUUUCUGAACAUAAUCCAGAACCAAUUGGAUAUCGCCGGAAUCAAAUACAGCCGCAUAGACGGCAGUAUGAACACGGAGAAACGUGAUCGUGCAGUCCGGGCACUAGAUAACGACGCCGAAACUCGCGUCAUGCUAGCUAGCUUGGCGGUUUGCAGUGUCGGGUUGAAUCUUGUAUCUGCAGAUACUGUCAUUUUGUCUGACAGCUGGUGGGCACCAGCGAUUGAGGACCAAGCGAUCGACAGAGUUCAUCGUCUUGGCCAGACCAGAAAGACAACGGUUUGGCGGCUCAUUGUGGAAAGAACAGUCGAAGAGCGGGUUAUGGACGUCCAAAAGGAGAAAAGAGAUCUUGUAACCAAGGCCUUUCAGGAAAAAGAGAGGAAAGGCAAGCAUACGAAGGACACGAGAAUGGCAGAUAUUGCAAAACUCUUGUCUUGA